UCCCGUAUUAUUUUAUUUUUUUGUUUUUUUUAAUAAUUUUUCAUUUCAACAAUCACUUUGAGUGUUAUUUUCAAAGAAAAAAUACUGUGAAAUUCACAGAAAUAGUAUAGUGUUAGAGAAUGUUUCUCAAGUUAAAAGGCUGUACAAUUAAAAUGACUUGUAGAUGGUCUGUCAAGCGAGAUUCCAAUGCGACGAAGAAUGCUAAAUUGCUAUUACAUGGAACUAUGUAUACACAAGAAACGUGUUUUUUGUGAUCUUAGUACACAGGAUCAACUUGCUCUUUCUUCAUUCCAACUAAUCUUUACCUUUUACAUCAAAUCUACAAGUCUUAAGUACAAAGAACAUGUACACUUUUUUCUUUUUAAAUGAAUUGCUUUGCAUUUUAAUGGCAAACUAAAUUUUCUCAAUAAUUUUUUUUUCAAUAAAUCAACCAUUUACUCAUACCAGAAAAAAGUAAGUACAAGCAAAAAACAUUCGCCGAUUCGCCCUUCAAUUUCCCGCAUCUGCGCCGUAGCGCAACCAAGUCCAUAUAUCUAUAUACAAGCACACCCGCAAUAUAUACAUAACACAGAGGUGUAUAGCGGCGACGAGUACGCACAAUCUACCCGUUUACGUUUACACAACUACUCGCUCGCGUAGUUUAUAUACGCACACAAAGUAGUCGGCGGAGUGUAGCGCACUCAGCGUCAAAUGUCGUACGAGUGUUGCGGCGACGGCCGCCUAACCGGCGAGACAUUCGGCGACGCCCUGAGCGUUGCGUUCGAUCAGCUGCGGGAACAUCAUCAUCUCCUCGUCGCCGGGCUCGUCAUCCUCGUCUCAGCCUUCAUCUCAAUCAGAGCUUUUCGAGGUUAGGACGGCGACCUUGGCGUGUGUGCGCUUUCGGUUUCGUGGAAGCUUAGCAGAAGAAGACUAUGCGUGGAGGGAUAUUCAGUGCAGUGUGUCUCGAUUCGUGCGUGCCGUAGUUUUGUGCGUCCGGAGGAAAAAACGCGACUACUCAUACAAGUAUAUCGAGUGGAGAAGAUGAGGAGACGUUGGGGAAAGGAGAAGCUUCACGGCGCCUACGACAAGGCCUGCGCUCCGGUGCGUUAGAUUUGUAAACAAUCGCGUCCGGCCGCGCGUGUGUGUGUGGAUAGGUAUGUCAAUUAUUGUAACUUGCGCAAAGUGCAAUCUUAAAUUUUCUACGAUAUAUAACUCGCUCUUUGUAAUACAACGUCCGUGAUCUUGGAAAAGCGAGAGCUUGCAAGCUCGCGGUGUGAGGGUAAAAUGUGCGACGCAGUUGUAUUCUCAACCCUUCGCUGCGUCCCCCGGCGGCAAACCGGCCCGACGAAGAACGUCGAUACGCGGCGGAUCAAAACACACAGAGCGUCUCUUUCUGCAACGAAGUCAAGUACAUCAGAUUAAACGAUAUGUAGAUCAUAAGAAGAAUAGUGAUAAUCAAGCGUGUAAAAUGGUUAUUUUUAUCAGCAACAAUCGGCCCUCUCAUAACCUCCCGAUAUUCGUUUCGACUUAAACAAAGACGAUCAUUGAAAGCAUUGCGAUUUUCAUGAGCAAGCAGCGUAUGAAGCUGUAUAUACAGAGAGCAGUACUCGUGUAUGUAACAUACAUACACAGAGUGAAUGACAGUGCAGUGGUGCAGUCGAGUGUGGUAGAGUAGUGGGGGCCGCGAGCCGGGAGCAUAGUAGCGUGUGCGUCUACUCCGUCGCCGGCGCUGCAACUGUCUGCGCCCACUGCAUUGUUGUUGUUGUUGUUGUUAUUGUUGUUGUGACGGCGUGCAGCCGCCGUUGCCGCAAGUGCAAGAGCCGGUGGGUGUUGCUUGCUAUGCAGAGCUCUCGCAGCCAGCAUGCAGGGGCGAUCCGUCGAAUUCAGGAAGGAUGAUCACGUGAAGAUCACGCAAAGUCAUCGAGGUAUAAUCCAUCUUGCGGAAUGCAGACCUCUAGCGAUUGAACUAGAGAUACGCUGCUGAAGAGGAAGAAAAAAGCUUGAUUCAAACGUCGAAUCUCAGAGAGAGAAAAAAUGGCAGGCGAGGACACGCUGACGCUGUCCAACGGUACCGUGGAGACGAUGACGAUAAUCCCGGCGAACGGGAAAAUCCAAGCCAACGGCAACGGGCUGCACAAGCAGCCGACGCAGCAGACGAACAACAACGGCUCGUUGGUGUCAAACGGCAAAGAGCUGGAGAUCGUCGCGGUGGAGAACGACAAGCUGGUCUCUUCGCUGGACGAGAAGUCCAUCUGCUUCCAGAACGACUUCGACGACGGGGACACGUGCUGCGGAUGGGGACCUCUCAGGCCGAGGUGGCUCCAGAGGUUUGCCACCAAGCAGAUGUUCCUCUUUACCUUCUGCAUCACUUGGGUGCUGCAGGGCAUGUACUACACGUACUUCGUCUCGGUGAUAACGACGAUCGAGAAGCUCUUUCAAAUCCAGUCGAAGACAACGGGCAUGAUAAUGUCGGCGACGGAGGUCGGUCAGAUCGGUUCGUCGUUACUACUGACCUACUACGGUGGACAGGGUCAUAGGCCACGGUGGAUAGCCUCGGGUAUGGUCCUCUUCGCCGUGAGCUCGUUCACCUGCUCGAUGCCGCACUUCAUCUACGGGCAGCAGCUCAUUCGACAGAACGAAUUGCUGUUCAACGGCGGAACCGUCAGCGGCCAGCUCAAUGGGACCAACGUCACCAGUCCUGUACCGGCCAAUCUGUGCAAGUUCCUCGAUAAGGUGGAAAACUCGUCCAGUAAUGGGUGGUCGAUGGCGACGGCGUCGGAGAUUCUGCGGACCGACACAGCCGAGUACUGCGAGGGCGACGACUUCCGAACGGAGCAGCGGAUCCACAGCAAGAUCAACACCGUCGUCUUCGCGAUAUUCUUCGUGUCGCUGCUCGGCGUUGGAAUGGGUCAGACAGCUGUGAAUACGCUCGGUAUACCGUAUAUCGACGACAACGUGACCAGUCGCGAGAGUCCUUUAUAUUUUUCAAUUACGAUAGGCGUUAAGAUCCUCGGACCAGCGAUGGGUUUCAUGCUGGGAUCUCUGUGUACAAGAAUCUACGCGGAUCUGUCGGUGGAUCCCCCCAUUACUCCGUCAGAUCCACGAUGGGUCGGUGCCUGGUGGCUUGGUUUGGUAUUCAUAUCCACGAUGCUGCUGAUAGUCUCCAUCGGCAUGUUCGCAUUCCCCAUGCGUCUGCCGACCAGCAGAACACCACCGAAAGUAGCCGACGCCAAGAAGCCAAGUCUCAAAGAUUUUCCAAAGGCGGUGAAGAGGCUGCUGAAGAACGACAUCCUGAUAUUCCGAACGGCCAGCAGCGUCCUGCACAUUUUGCCCAUCGCGGGCUUGUACACAUUUUUACCGAAAUACCUCGAAAGCCAAUUCCGAUUGGCUGCUCAUGAUGCUAACUUUAUCGCAGGUGUCGGAGGCAUACUGGUCAUGGGUGUGGGAAUAAUACUCAGCGGUUUCUUCAUCCUGAAGGCGAAUCUGAACGCGAGGUUCGUUGCCGGAUGGAUCGCCUUUACCGCGAUAGCUUACGCCAUUGGAAUGGGCAUACUGAUGUUCGUCGGCUGUCCGAUGAACGACUUUACCGGUCUCGUAACCAACGAGCAGGGACUGUCGCAUUUCGAGCCGAUUUGCGAGGCGACCUGCGAUUGCGACAAGAACAAGUUCAGCCCGAUCUGCGGUGCCGACGGCAGAACGUACUUUUCAGCCUGCCAUGCGGGCUGCUCGAAUUACACAGUUUUCGAGGGAAAAGUCGCGAAUUUCACCGACUGCCAGUGCAUUCCGAGGAACUUCUCAAUGCCGGAAAUGCCGGCGCAGACCGGCUACUGCCCCCUCGACUGCAAUAACUUUUACGCGUAUGUGAUCCUGUUCUCGGUCUUUGUUUUCAUCCACUCGACGAGCGAGGUCGGCUCGAUGCUGCUCAUAUUGCGAUGCGUCGAUCCACGCGACAAGGCGAUGGCCCUGGGCCUCAUACAAUUUUCCAUCGGUCUUUUUGGUAAUGUUCCGUGUCCCAUAGUGUACGGUGCAGUCGUCGACUCGGCGUGUCUCGUUUGGGAGUAUGCGUGUGGCGAACGGGGUGCUUGCUGGCUCUACGACUCCAACGUCUUCAGGAUGUUUUUCCACGGCACAACCGGUGGCAUAAUGGCGCUGGCCUUUAUAUUCGAUCUGAUAGUCUGGUACAAGGCUGGCAGCAUAAAGUUCCCAGACGAGCAGGAGAACGAGACAGGCACCGUCGAGGAGAUGGCGAAUCUCAAGACGCAAGAUGCUCAGGUUGUGGAGAAUGACUACUUGUGAGUGGCCUGAGGUCUCGUCAUCACGCUGUAAAUAAACGCGGCGACGACGCUGAAUCGUCGGCCGGCUGGGCCGUGUCAUGCACCGCUGAUCGUCUCCAGGAUGGAGUGCGUUUCAAUCUAUGGCGCAGCGAACGCAGUCUCACUGACCAAGACGCGCGAAGACAGGAUUAACAGAGUAUUUUUGAACGGGUUGACUAAUAGUUCGGACGAGCGCGACGAGUUCCAGUUGACCUCGACAUCGUUGAUUAUAAAGCGAGAUUCAAUCAGCGAGUCUAUAACUGCGUCUUGUUGUUGGAAAAUAACUCGGUGAUUCGGCCGGGCGAUCGAGAAUUCAAUCGGAUAAUAUACAUAACGGGACUGAGUUUCGUCGGUAGACGAGCAGAGCAUAGAACGGAGCAUGAAAAACGUCUAAUUUGUCGUAUAUAACAGGUGCUUUUGCUGAAUUAUUUUUCUGACAAUGAAAGUAAGCGGAGGUGCGAAACAUCUGCAUGUGUGUAAAAUAUGUAAAUAGAUAGACGGAAGCGCGGAAAAGCUCUUACUCUAUUAUAUAUUGGCGGCGAGAGGGAAAUACAUAUAUAUUUAACUUUUUAGCCGAAACAUGUCCAGCAGCGUGCGGGGAACGACGCUUGUAAGAUUUUCCAAGCCUCGCGGCGGCGGCUCUAUAGGCCGUGAGAUUGCUUUCAGAAUCGAGACUUGCGCGAUCACAAAUCAUCGAUUUUCGAUAUUUAUCCUACUGCAACGGUCUUUCUUUUCUCCAUACAAUCGAUCGGGACGUUGAUAGUUGAUUGAGACUAAAUUUUAAUUAACCGUCGAUAAUCGAUCGUUUAUAAUCGCAUACAGUCCCCAGUUUCGACGCGUUACAAGGUUCAAACAAAACAAAUAUACAAACAUACAUUGAUGAAAAUAUAGCGUCGACACAAAGAUGAUCCGAUGCGAUGCUGUGUGAUACCUCAGAAAUAACAUAAAGCAAGUAGUUUAUCAUAAAGAGAGAAAGUGAGAAAGAGAGCAUGCAAUCGUGUAUAUAUAAAUCCAUUGGGGAAAUGUAUUUUCUCGUGAAUAAGCAAGUGUAAACGUAUACAUAGGUGUAGUAUUAUAUUUAGGUGUACCGCGCGUAUAGAGGCAUGCGUGAUACGAUUUAUUCAGGAUUUUCUCGGUCAAUUUUGAAGAAUGUCUCUGCACUACUGCUGAAAAUUCUCGCUUUCGACUUUUCAAAAAUUCCGAAGAUCGACAUACCUACUGCGAAGAAUCAUAUCAGAGAAAUUGAAAAAAUACGCAUAUAAAAGUACAAAUUUAAAUGUAUGUGUAAAAUACCUACUGCCGUUAAUUCUUUUUUGUUUUGCAUUUGAUGAUGAAUUUUCGAGAAUUUUCAAGCGGCAGUGCAUUCGUUCGAUCGCGUAUAAGAAUUCAAUAGAGAGUUAUCGCUAUAAAGACAUCUAAAUUUUCAUUCAAAUCUAUAUGACUGUUACAUUUAAGUUUUACAUCUCAAACAACGACCUAUCAUUUUUUUAACGUCUUGCAUUUUUCGGUAUAUUUCGUUCGUUUUAUUACUCGCGACCGUCCGUGUAAACUAAACUACUAAAGGUACGGAUACGUUCCGUGACAGGUAACAAGGGUUACUUACUGAUAUAUGAAAAGAUUCUUUGAAAUUAAAAAGUUAAAAUUCAGGAUUUGACGUUCAAUAACUGUACUAUAAAUUUCAUUAAAUUAAAUCGACAAACAUUAAAUAGUACAAACGAUAUAACGUAAAUAUCAAAUUUACUUUCAACAUAUAACAAAUUGUUAAUUGCUACUGAAUUUUGGUUUCUUAGUUUUAUCAAACUUUGUUAAAAUAAUGUCGAAAAAGAAAUCACUCUUGUUAUAACAAAAUACCUUACCUAAUUUAGUGUAUCGCAUGAGAUAGAUACUUCAUUAUCAGUCUUUCUAAGGAAGAAAGCAGUGAUGAUGAUGAAGGUCAAUAAGACAUAUUUUUAGACGAUUUGAUGAAACAAAAUGAAUAGAAAAUAGCUUAAAAAAUGAAGAUCACGACUAAAUAUUUAAAUAAUUGCUGACGACGAGAACAUCGAUGAAUUAACAUCCGAGCACGGUGUUCUGAAAGAGUCUAGAUUAAUGGUAUAAGGUUAUAAAAAGUGGGAACUAAAGAAUUGUAUUUUAAUAUUGCAUACUUUAUAUGCGACACGAAUUCGUCGAUGUAACAACGGCAACAAAGUUUUAUCAUUAUGCUUCUAACGCAGUUUUUAUUUCAUAUUUUAUUUUGGAUAAUUUUUUAAGGUAUUAUAAAAGGAUAGAAACGGAUACUCGCAUACGGUUUUUAAUAUUCUCAUUUGCGUUGUUGUAUCGGCGAAUGUGCAAAAGGUAUAUGGUUUUUAUUUAAUGAUUAAUGUUUUGUCGAAAGAAUGUCUUUGAAAAUUGUGUGCUAUAUUGCUGUAACAGAUUUCUACUUUGAAAUUUCAAAAAAUUUGCAAUAUCGAGAUGAAAAUUGUUUUUAAAAUUGUAAUAUUCGUCUGUGAAAUUGUACAUAUGUUAAAAUUGAUACACGUAGCCAUGUUGUUUAGAAAUUUUUGUUCAGCCAUAUACCUUCAAAAAAAUUUUUUUUCUAAAAUUGUAGGUAACAUUAGAAUCGAGUAAAUGAUAAAUCAUUGGUAUCGUCAGCCUGAUUGUGGAAAAAUAAAAAAGAUUGCAUGUUGCUAAUCGUACAAAAAAAGCGUUGCAUGUGAUUGACAAAUUUCUUUCUUAAUUAAUCAGUUUACAAUGAAUAAUAAAACAUAGCGAUAAUUUUCACUUUUAAAUAAAAGUUACGGCUAUCAAAUUAUAAAUAUAAAUCUUAUAACGUCGUAUAAUAUACAGGCUGCAAAAAUCAUUAACGAAGUAAAUAUAAUGAAAAGAACAAUAUUUUUACAAAUUCAAUCUAGAUUAUUACUUCUUUAAUCAUCGAUCCGUAGUAAAAAUUAAAACGAUCUAGAGAUCAGCACUGUGGAGUGUUAUUUUUCUCACUGCACGAGGUAUACUUAGAAGGCAUUUGUUCAAAUAUUAAAUCUAAAGAAAAAAUAUUUAACUCGAAAUUUGUCGUUUAUUCUCCAGUGUAAAAUUAUGUUUUAAAAAAUAAUAAUCGAUCGUUAAUCGUAUGCAUUUAGGAUAAGGUAACGUUAAUUUUUUAGAAAUGAUUUCGAUGCGUUCAAAAGUGCUUGUGAAGAAUAUAUCGUUAAAACUAACACUAAUCUACUCUGAACUUAAUGAAUUUAAAUUCGGGAAAAGAAAGCCAAGGUUAAUUCAACAUUCUUUCAUUUCAAAUUAUUGCAAUACAAUUGGUAUGAUAUACAAUGAAACUAGAUUUUGUUGGUUUUAAUGCGAUACAUUUUUAGGCACUUUUAUGAAUCGUAUUUUUGUAUCGUAACUAAGAAUUAGGAAGUGUAUCUAAAUGCUUCGACGAUUGAAGAUAAACGACAGCUAUACAAAAACAUAUAUUCAGAUUUUGAUGCGCGAUAUGACGAAUAGAAAAGAAAAGGAAAAAUUCAAUGGUAUUUUUUCGAAUGAAAUAUAAAUCCAAAACAUUCUCGUGAUUCUCAGUAGUUUAUAGAGGUCGAAAGUAUAUAUUUUUCUUGCUGAUACAUGUAUUGACGAUCCUUUGAAUUGUUCAAUUGUGACGCGAUUGCAAGGAUGAAGAUAAUAUAAUAAAUAUAAGAUGGAUUUCACGAACUAAUAGAAUUAAUUGUAGAUAGGAAAUACACAAAUGUACAAUAGACGAAAUAUUUUUUGUUGUUGACCGUUUUCAACGAAAUUCCAAUGCAAAUUUUCCUAAGGUAUUUGAGCACUUCUAAGAGUUGAAUAUAAAAACAGAUGUUAACUUACAAGCACGACAGCUAAAUAGAUUAUUUAUAAAUAACGAUAACAAUAAUAUUAAAUAUAAUAGAAAAUAAAAUAUGAAUAAUAACACUAAAUGAAAUAAAUUUUUAAAUGUUGAAAGUUAUGGCAAAUACCUUAGGAAAUAUUGAAAAAAUAAAUGAAAAUAAUAAAUUAUAAUAGUAAAAGAUUAAUAUUUUCAAGACACGCGUCACAUGAAUCUCGAAAACUAACAGAUAUAUAAGCAUUUUUUAAGUGGAUUUCCAAGCUCAAUACCCUGAGUCAACUUUCCGUUUUAAAUAUAUUAAUCUCACCACAUUUACAUCACUUUAUUUGUGAAUUAAUAAGUCAAGUGCUUGUUAGAUAUCACUUGACAAGUAUAUUUUGUUUUAAUUUAUGGGACAGUCGUCGAACGAACGAUAAAUGCUAGUCUACGAACUUGGAUGUAAUUGCAUACGAUUUAAAAGUGAGCCCAAGAAAGAAAGAGAGAAUAGCGGCGUGUGAAUGCUGAUGUGUGGAAUAAAAUGGAGUGAUCAUACGUUUGCCAUCUUAUAAGUAAAUACAAAGCUGUAUUUGUAAUUUAUUAUAAAAUAUUACGUUACAUUAUCUUAAUUUAAGACCUAUUGUUAUUAUUUUAUUAUUAUCUUAUUACGGUACUUUUAAUCAUCAUCAAUACUAUUAUUGGUUAUGUUUAUACAGCGUAGUGACGUUGGUAAUUUUCGUUGCUUCAUAUGUCGAGAAAAAAAAUUGAAACCACCCCUUUUAAAGUAACUUUACAAAUGUAUAAAGGGGUCUUUGAAUAAGACUAAUCUUCGACGUCUAUUUAUAGAAUCGAAGCUUAUUGAAAGGAAGGCUCAGGAUUUUUACGCUCCGUAAAGGUUAAUUAACUAUUUCCGGUAAUUGUUAUUCGUGCCCAACAAAUGCCAUCACAUUUUAAAUAUUAAAUAAGGUAUGUUUUAUUUGUAUAUGCAAAUAAUGAAAUCCUUGAUUUUUAUCUGUUAUAAAGGUAUAGAUAUACGUAAAUUGUAAAGUAUGUCAUCUGUCGUGCUUGUAUGCGUCUUUUUAUGUGUAAAUGUAGCGUCGAAUUCUCGAGAACCUCGUGAUAAGAUUAUUCAAGCGAAUAUAACGAAAAAAAUUACACACAGUGCAAAAGCGACAAGAUAAUUUUUAUUUGUAGGAAAAACCUAGCUUUUUAAUUUUUAGCCCUAUACGUUUGUACAUUACGUUAUAUACAAGGCGGUACUAAGUGCAUUGAAAACUCUAAAACAUUUGCAAUUGUACGAUUUAACAUCGAGGUUUGUCUUGCCGCAUUUAUUUCUUCAUGAAAAAAAAACGAUAACUCGAAGAGUAGCUUUUUGCGCCAAAAGCUGUAAUUUGCGAGAAAAAAGAUUCUAAAAGCUCGAGGGCAGAUACGAUUAUUUGUGAAAUUUCUUAAAUUAGAAACUACAUUUACUGUAAUGUAAUACCUCGAAUACGUUUUAUACUAAUGUUUAAUUAACCCUCGGAUUAUCGAUAUAAUAGUAGUUAUGUACAUAAUAUAUUCACUGUUUUUAACGGCCUACACAAAAAAGCGUCUUUUUACAAGCUAAUGAGCUUUUGACACUAUAUAUGCGUUUUAUAUAUGCAUUUUUCUAACAAACAAGACGAAACGACAGCUUGUUUGUUUUUAAAGAAUUUUUGUAUUUCAAAAUACUGCCAUGAGAACCUACAAAGUUUUCAGAAUUUCUUACUGUAGAUUUCCGUAUGUGAUUUACAUUGACACGAUACUACCGUAAUGACAUUUCCUUUUGAUAAUCAGAGGGUUAAGACUGAUUUCUGCAAAGCGCAUAAAGCCGACCAGUGUAUUUUGUAAUUACAUCCUUGAUAUUGUUUAUAAUUUUUAUGAUUAACAAACGCAAAUUUGUUUUUAAUAAAAGGCAAGUGCCAUAAUUUCAAAAUA